AUGGCUGUCACGGAGAGCGACCUCAGGACCUUUGCGUCCUCCCUCAAGAAGGAAUGUCAACCCAAUGUUGAUAUCAUUGUCAAUGACUAUCGAUGGGCAGUGCACAGCCAUGUCAUCGCUGACUCAGGAUCCUUUUUGGAACUUUACAGCAACGCGCCCCAGGGUGGCAAGCGGCACGAAGUACAUCUUGAUAGUGAUGAACCAGCCAUUAUCGCCCACUUGAUCCGCUGGUGGUACACUGACGAAUACGACGAUGAGCCUGUGUCUGGCACCACUGGGCUCGACAUACAAAGUCUUAUGAAACAUGGCAAGGCCUCGGCGUCCGGUCACUCCGACGAAGCGAUUUCCAACCCUGACGCAGAACCCGUCGAUGCUCCGGAAGACACUGGUUACGUGAAUUCUUCUCCAAUAUCGCUGCACGCGAAGAUGUAUCUCAUUGCUCACAAGUACAAAAUCACCGCACUCCGCGAGAAAGCCACAAAUGAGAUGACGGAAAUCCUCGGGAUGGUGAAGGAGGCGCUACUGCCGUGUCUUUCUCAUUUCUUUGUCACGGAUGCUCCCGGCGAUCGUUCCAUGAGCGCCAACGUCGGCGUCGGUAACACUGGCUCCAGCAGUGGUACUGGUAGUGACCUGUCUUCACCACCAAACAAAUACACGAUCUCGGAACAACAGGACGCGGAGCUGUGGAAAGUCCUCGCCGAAACCUCCAGCCGACAUUUUCUCUCGUACCACACCGAUCCAGUGUUCCAGUACAUUGCCACAAGUAACCCGCGCUUCCACUGGGAUGUCAUGGGUCGAGUCGCCAGCAUGCUGGAGGCCGCACAGGACAAACUGGCGAGUACUCCCGCGGAGCCGCCAAAGCCACCCAAGAAGAGAGGGAGGAAGAAGCAGGAGAUCACCGCACCGGGCACUGCUGGUGAGCCUGCCGAAGACAACGACAGUAGCACGAAGAAGGGAAGAGGGAGCGGAGCGGGCUUUCCGAAGAAGCUCAAGACGGAACCAUGA